CCAUCCAGCUCCUGCCACCUUGGAGGCGCACUGACUAGUGAGUGAAGUGGACGCGUCUGCUGACCGCUGAUCAGUCUUUGUUUGAAGAUGUGACUUGAUUUUGUUGAGGGAAGUUGGCUCCAUGUGAAUGCUGUUUUUUUAAUUAUUAUUAUUAAUAUUAAUUUAUUCGGUGUGACGGAGUGAUGCACAGUGGAGAGGAUCGCACUGGGAAUAAAACUUGGGUUGCGCGCCGGCAUGGCACGUCAGGUGUUUCAGCGCUCGGAUAGAGGCUGUUUCCAUUUGUCAUGGUGUCGCUAUCCGCGGUGAGCACGCCUGGAACACUAUGGAGGAAAGAAAGAGACUUUUGUUCUGGCUUCUCCUGGCGGCGCAGCUCUGUCUGAGCUCGACACAAGUCCUCAGGAUCGGUGGUAUUUUUGAGACCCGGGAAAGUGAGCUAGUGAGUAUGGACGAGCUGGCAUUCAAGUUUGCUGUGAAUAACAUAAACCGCAACAAGUCCCUGAUACCCAACACAACUCUCACCUACGACAUUCAGAGGAUCAACCUGUUUGAUGGCUUUGAGGCUUCGAGAAGAGUGUGCGAUCAGCUGGCUCUCGGGGUGGUCGCUGUGUUCGGCCCUUCUCACAGCUCCUCUGUCAGCGCUGUUCAGUCCAUCUGCAACGCCCUGGAGGUCCCUCACAUACAGACACGCUGGAAACACCCAUCGGUGGACAACAAAGACACCUUUUUCAUCAACUUGUAUCCUGAGUACACCGCCAUCGCCAGGGCCAUCCUGGAUGUAGUCACUUUCUUCAAAUGGAGGAAACUAACAGUGGUGUAUGAAGACAGCACGGGUCUGAUGCGGAUGCAGGAGUUGAUCAAAGCUCCGGCAAAGUUCAACCUGAAGAUCAAGAUCCGCCAGCUGACACCGGGUAAUCAAGAUGCCCGCCCACUGCUAAAGGAACUGAAGAAAGACAAGGAGUUUUUUAUUCUCUUUGACUGCUCCUAUCGCAUGGCUGCAGAGCUGCUAAAGCAGCUUUCAUCAAUGGGAAUGAUGACUGAGUACUACCACUUCUUCUUCACGACUUUGGAUUUGUUUGCUUUGGAUUUGGAGCCGUACCGCUACAGCGGGGUCAACAUGACAGGCUUCAGACUGCUGAAUGUUGAUGACCCCGGGGUAGCCUCCACGAUGGACAGGUGGGCCAUGGAAAGACUGCAGGGUCCAAAGCAAGAGAGUGGCCUGAUGGACGGAAUCAUGACUACGGACGCAGCCUUGAUGUACGACGCAGUGUUCAUGGUCGCCAUCGCGUCCCAGCGGGCCACUCAGAUGACCGUCAGCUCCCUGCAGUGUCACCGCCACAAACCCUGGCGCUUUGGGCCGCGCUUCAUGAACCUCUUCAGAGAGGCACAAUGGGAUGGACUGACAGGACACAUUGUUCUUAAUAAGACGGACGGCCUGAGGAGAGACUUUGAUUUGGACAUCAUCAGCCUCAAAGAGGAUGGCACUGCCAGGAUUGCUGUGUGGAACUCGUACAGAGGGAUGAACCUGACGGAGUCCAACCGAGACAAGAAUAACAAUGUGACAGACUCUCUGGCUAACAGGACUCUUAUUGUCACCACGAUCCUGGAAAAUCCAUAUGUGAUGUACAGAAAGUCAGACAAGGAGCUGGUUGGAAAUGAUCGUUUCGAGGGUUACUGCCUGGACCUUUUGAAAGAGCUCUCCAACAUCUUGGGUUUUACCUAUGAAGUUAGACUGGUGGCUGAUGGGAAAUACGGAGCCCAGAAUGACAAGGGAGAAUGGAACGGGAUGGUCCGGGAGCUGAUCGACCAUGUUGCAGACCUUGCCGUGGCUCCCUUGACCAUCACCUAUGUUAGAGAGAAAGUCAUCGACUUCUCCAAGCCCUUCAUGACCUUAGGCAUCAGCAUCCUGUACCGUAAACCUAAUGGCACCAAUCCGGGCGUGUUCUCCUUCCUUAAUCCGCUGUCUCCGGACAUCUGGAUGUACGUGCUGCUAGCCUGCACAGGAGUUAGCUGUGUGCUCUUUGUGAUUGCCAGGUUCACUCCAUACGAGUGGUACAACCCACAUCCAUGCAACCCGUCUUCGACCCUCAUACAGAACAAUUUUACCUUACUCAACAGUUUCUGGUUUGGUGUUGGAGCUCUCAUGCGGCAAGGCUCGGAGCUGAUGCCUAAGGCUCUGUCCACUCGUAUAGUUGGGGGUAUCUGGUGGUUCUUUACCUUAAUCAUCAUCUCCUCCUACACGGCCAACUUGGCUGCCUUCCUCACUGUGGAACGAAUGGAUGCACCCAUCGACUCAGCGGAUGACCUGGCGAAGCAGACCAGGAUUGAAUACGGGGCAGUGAGGGAUGGAUCCACCAUGACCUUCUUUAAGAAAUCAAAGAUCUCCACCUAUGAGAAGAUGUGGGCCUUCAUGAGCAGCAGGAAAAACACGGCGUUGGUUAAGAACAACAGAGAAGGCAUCACCCGGGUUCUGACGACAGACUACGCCAUGCUGAUGGAGUCCACCAGCAUAGAGUACAUCAGCCAGAGAAACUGCAACCUCACACAGAUAGGAGGACUCAUAGACUCCAAGGGCUACGGAGUGGGAACACCUAUCGGUUCUCCGUACAGGGAUAAAGUGACCAUUGCCAUCCUUCAGCUGCAGGAGGAAGGGAAGUUGCACAUGAUGAAGGAGAAGUGGUGGAGAGGCAAUGGCUGUCCGGAGGAGGACAACAAGGAAGCAAAUGCUCUGGGCGUGGAAAACAUUGGCGGUAUCUUCAUCGUCCUGGCUGCCGGACUGGUCCUUUCUGUGUUCGUGGCUAUCGGAGAGUUCAUCUACAAAGCCCGCAGGAAUGCUGACAUAGAGGAGGCCUUUUGUUUCUUUUAUGGGGUGCAGUCCCGUCAGUUCCAGCGCCGUGGCUCCAUCUCCUCCUCCGGCACCUCCUUAUCUACUGAUCUGGAGAGCGGCAGGCUACUGGGGGGUGACACGGAGUAGCCAUGGCAGCACAUUUACAACACACACACACUCUAGACGAUAGUGUGGUUCUUUUAGUGCCAUGAUGGAGGAGUUGGGUAUCUCCCUGCAGUGUUACAAAGGCAUCCGGAAAAGGUCGCGACCUCACAGCGG